AUGCGAGACUUGGCGGUUGAGCCCGAGCAGCACACGCAGCUGGCGCCGCUCGUGAGCAAGUUUGAACGCAAGACGCGGUACAUGGUCAAGGACGAGCACACGCGCAUUCGCAUCAAUCGCUUCUUGGACAAUGGCCCGGCGGGGCUCAUCUUGGACGUGCUGCAGUCGAUCGUGUCGAUCACGUUCGCCACCACGUACAUCAUCCACUCGUACAGCACCGAGCCCGGGCUGCCGCCCGUGCUCUGGAACAUGGAGCUCGGCUGCGCGCUCUUCUUCCUCACCGACUUUCUCUUCCGUGGCAUCCUUCUCGCCGAGGUGUGGAAGCAUAUUUUUCGCUGGAACACGCUCAUCAACCUCAUUGUGAUCCUGCCCGUCUUUCCGGGCGCCAUGUUUGUCCCCUCCCAUACGUUUUGGCAUGGCACGGGCUACUACCGACUCGUGUACCCGAUCCGCUUCCUCAAGUGCUCCAUGGAGAUCCGCGCCGUGCUCAACCGCUGCCGCGCCUACAUGUCGCCCGUCAUGCUCUUUGGUCUCGUGGCGUACUUUAAGUUUCUCUCCGUCAUCUUUGUCGCCGCCGGCGUCAUCCAGAUCACCGAGACGUCGAUCGAUGCGGAUUCGGACGCGACCGACGACGGCGACUGGACCUUCUUCAAUUCACUCUUCAAGUCGAUUUUAACGUUCGUGUACGUCGACUACCCGCCGGCCGAGAACCCGAUCUCGAAGCUCAUUGUGGGCACGCUCCUCGUCUUCCUGUUGAUCAUCAUCCCGUACGAGCUCUCGAAGCUCUUCGACAUCAACUCGCUCUACUCGUCGUACGAGCACGACAGCUACCGGCCGUCGAAGCGCUCCAAGCACAUUGUCAUCUGCGGCGACCUCACGCCCCAGCGCAUCGAGCAGUGCUUCUGGGAGAUCUUCCACGACGACCACGACCUCGUCGACAUCCGCGUCGUCGCCAUGUGUGACGAGCCGCCGCCGUCGUCCAUGGUCGCGCUUCUCAUGGACCCGUUCUUCGCCAAGCGGGCCGUGUACAUCCAAGGCUCAGUCUUGGACUCGGACGCGGCGAUGCGAGCGGCGUGCGACUCGGCGGCCGCGAUCUUUGUGCUCACGCGCAAGACGGGCCACGAAGACCUCAACAGCUCGGACCACCGCACCAUCAUGCGCGCGAUCGAGGUGCAGCAGAUCUCGCCGAAUGCGAGCAUUUACACCCAAAUCCACUUGUCGGCCAACCGCCACCUCCUCGAAGCCUCUGGCAUUGAGAACGUGCUCUGUCUCAGCGAGGUCAUGCACGCGCUCUUGGCGCAAAACUGUUUCUGCCCGGGCUUUUCAACGCUCAUGUUCAACCUCACGGCGGCGCUCAGCGACGUCAAGGUCGACCACACGUGGGAGUCGCGCUUCCUCCAUGGUGCAAGCCACGAGCUGUACUCGGUCACCCUUCCACCGGCGAGCGUUAUCUACGGCUUGUCGUUUGCCGAGGUGGCGGUCCUCGUCCACGCGCAGUGUCAAAGUGCGAUUCUGCUCGCAGUGCUCGUCACGUCGCCCGAGUACGACGCUCACGACGAGAACGACAGCAACUCGUGCAUCAUUCUCAACCCGGGCAACACGUACACGUGUGUCGGCGGCGAGACAGCGUAUGUAUGUGAUUGCGCGGGACCGGAAGCAAGCCGAGCGCGUCUGAGCAUGCAAAAAGACAGCUACAAUGGAACGCAGAGUGCGAGCGACCUCGGCGGUCCCAAGACAUCGCUGCAGACGCAGGCUGCGGCCGAAAAGCUCGUGCUCUCGCCAACGACGACUGCGACUGCGGGUAUGACCAAAGAGAAGGCCAAGCUCCUCUUCACGCCGCCGCUGCCCAAGCGGCACAACGCGGGGCCGAAGAAGAAGCGCACGGCCCGCACCAUCAUGUGGGCCGCGUCCAAACUCGCCGAGUCGAGCGAGCGCAAGCACAAGAAGGUCGAAGAGUUUAUUGUCGAUGACGUCAACAAGCUCAAGUUUACGCUCAAGCCCGUUGUCGUCGUCUCGCUCGCAUCCGUCUUUCCCGAGAACCUCGAGUUUUUCAUUGCGCCCUUGCGCGCCCCGACCGUCAAGGACCACCAUCCGAUCGUCUUGUUGUCGCCCGCGCCGCCGGCCGACGAGACGUUUGCGCCCCUCAAAGGCUUUCUGGACGUGUUUGUGGUCGUCGGGGAGCCGACGCGCCUCGGCGUCCUCAAGCGCGCGGGCAUUGAGAUGGCGUUCAAGGUCGUCAUUCUCUGCAGUGAAGAGGACUUUGGGACGGCCUCGAACCAGCUCUUGGCCGAUGCGACGUCGAUCGCGGUACACAAGAGCAUCACGUCGAUGCUGGGUCCGCGCAAGGCGCCCAUGGUCGUCACCAAGCUCGUCAACCGGUCCAACGUCAACUUUAUUUCGCACAACCUCAAGCAGUCAGGGUGGUUUGACCAGCAAAAGCACACGGCGACGCUCACGGACACGGUCAAGUUUCUCUGCUCGCCGUCGUUCGCGUCGGGCUUGACGUACUCGACCGAGCUCUGCGACAAUUUGAUCGUGAACCACUUUUUCAACCCGAUGAUUCAAGACAUUGUGCGCGAACUCGUCUUCUCGCCACUCCGUGGGAGCAAAUUGUUUCCGGGAAAGAGCAAAUUCUCGGCCUUUGAGCGCAACUUGGCGUCCACGGGCUUGCAGCGCUCGUCCCUCUUUACGUGCGAACUCCCAUUGGACUUUGUCGGGAAGAGCUUUGCCUACUGCUUUGAGUACCUCUUGACGUCGGACGCGAUUCUGACCCUCGGCGUCUACCGGUGCCUCCCGCUCGAUAUGAUCCCGACCGUCGGCGCGAUGGCGUCGCCGCCCACGUCGCCCAUCAAGUCGAAAGCCCGCAUUGAGCGAAGCGAGAUGGACCGCGCCGUGCCGUUUGGUUUUGUGUACCUGAACCCGCUUCCGCACGAGAUCAUGACGGGCAACGACCUCCUCUACGUGCUUAGCCACAAGCAGCCGUGCUGGGCCUAAGUGGCACGAACCAGGUUGCAUGAUACGACAAUAAGACUAUAUGUGUGGUCAAUGUGUCUUAAAUAAAUGAUCC